AUGUCGGACUUGGAUGACGAUUUGUUGGCUCUUGCCGGUGCAGACUCUGGAAGUGACGAAGAUGUCAAUGUUGCUAAAAGAGCUGGUGCUGAUGAAGGCUCCAGAAAGAGAUUGAAGACAGGCUCUUCUGAAGAUGAAGAUGAAGACGAGGAAGAAGGAGGCGAUAACGACGAUGAUGAGGAUGAAGAAGAUUUUGAUGAGGAAGCAGGUGGCGAUGAUGAUGGAGAUGCCGAUGAUUCCAAGAUAUAUGAUGAAGAAGAGGAAGAAGAGGAAGAAUUAACCAACCCAUACCCUCUAGAAGGAAAAUAUAAGGAUGAAGAGGACCGUGAGCGUUUGCUUGAUAUGGAUGAAAUUGAAAGAGAACAGACUCUUUUCGACAGAUCCCAAGAGAUGGACAGAUACAAUGAAAAGAUCUACUUGAGACAGAGAUUGAAGCAGGCUCAGGGAACUGAAAAGAAGACCAGAACCAGUAGUCGACAGGCAGCUCAGGGUGCUAGAAGCUCCAAGUUGGAUAAGUUGAGCGAGUUAAGAAAGCAGAGAGAGCGUAAGUCUCGUAAGGCUGCUGCUGAUGACUAUGAUGAUGAAGAAGAAGAGGAGGAAGAGGAAGAAGAAAUCGAGGAGGACGACGAGGAAGCCUACGGCGACGAAGAAGUUGUUUGGGGUAGCGGGAAAUCUAAGUUCAGACCCCGUAGUUUCGAAAAGGCUUCUGCUGCACACAUCAACAAGAUCAAGAUCGGCCGUAGUUUCCUCAGCAAAUACCUUUACUACCGUAACUUCGGUGAGGCUGUUGCCAAAUCUUUUGGUAAGAUCAAUGUUGGUGUUGACCGCAGAACCCGUCGUCCAAUGUACAGAGUGGUUCAGAUAGAAGAGGUGGUCACCUAUCCUCAAAAGCAAUACCUGGUUGGUGAAACUAGAACCGACAUGUACUUGCUUGUCAGUCAAAACAGACAGCAGCAGAAGGAGUUUCCAUUCACAGUUUUUAGUGAUGGAGACAUUUUCCCUGAGGAAUUCGAGAGGUACCUCCAAGAGUUGGGUAAGACCAACGAAGAUCCACCAUAUGUUGACGAUGUGAACGACAAGGCUGAAGAACUACACCGUUUGAUGAACAGUGGUCUCACGAAUCAGGAUAUCGAUGAGAUGAUCUCGAGAAAACAGAGAAUGAAGAAUGGUAUGAGAGCAUACGAUGCUGUUUACGAAAAGUCGAAGGCCAUGGAUGAAAUAAGAGUGGCUAAGCAAGAAGGAAACGUGGAAAAGGUCAAGGAGUUGAGUGCUCGUGUUAGAGAAAUGGAGGAUAUCUUGGUCAGAGAUAACGAAAGAGCAAGCAAGAGUUCCUUGACGAGCAUGUCCAAGGUCAAUGAAAGAAACAGAAAGUUGAACCAGACCAAUGUCAGAAAGGCUGAGCUCAAGUCCAUGAAGAAGGGCUCGGAGUCUAUUGAGGGAGACGCCUUCUCGCGUCUUAAGACCAAUGCCAGAGUGUUCUACAAGGAUAUUGCCAACGAAGAGAACCAGAAGGCCUUGCAGGAUGCCAGGGCUAACUACGAUACGAUGAUCGCAGAAAAGAACGAGAUCGAGGCCAAGAUCGCCACUUCCACAUACAGAGAAAUGGGUGUCUUUGACAAGAUGAUAGCACAAGUGGACGUGAACAUUGUGCCUCAGCUCUAA